CCAAUGCUACUAAAAAAUGUGUCUUGGGUGCAUGGAGAUCAACACGAGAUUGAUGUCUUGCUUGUGCCUUCUCCUCGUCGCGUUCGUGAUCUUGUGUGAUCACUGCCAUGGUGGAAGUGGAAGAUCGAGCGAGGAUCACUUGCUCCAGCGGAUCUCGUCUUCCAAGGAGGGGAGCAGCCCUUUGAUCCUUGAAGAGCCAACGCAGCUCGUCAAGACCCAGUGGGGAGAGAUUCGAGUGCUCUUGAGCUCGCCUUUGCUCCGGAAGCACAACGUAGGCCUGGGAUUUAUCACAUUGCGGCCGCGAGCUUUGCUCCUCCCACACUACCUGGACGCUUCUUUCGUUUUUCUCGUCCAACAAGGAAGCGCGAGAAUUGGAUGGGUUGAUCAACAAGGCGAGCUGUUGAGGCAGGAUCUUAGCACCGGUGAUGUGUACGCGGUUGCGGCAGGAUCAUUGUUCUAUCUCUUGAGUACGCACGAAGAUGAGGAGCUCGAAAUCUAUGGCCUCUACGACACGUCAGAAGCCAUCGACAUCGAAAGCAUCAAGCCGUUUUUCAUCGCUGGAAAGUCCAACUUGUUCUCUGGAUUCGGCACAAGGCUAGUCUCAGCGGCUUUCAAGGUGUCCGAGGAGGGAGUUGCCGAGUUUUUGAGCCAGCAGCCGAGUAAAGCCAUCAUCCCCACAAGUGUGGAUGCAUUCGCGCAACUAACGUCACAUUUGCCUGAGGCCUGGAGCUGGAAGAACGUCGCCAGCUUUCUCCUCAACAAGAAAAUGCACGGGAGAGCUCCUCGGCCCCUCAGCCUCACGAGCAGCAAGCGCUCUUUUGCGAAUCAAAAUGGCUGCUUCGCAUCGACGGGGGGCAAGAAACUGCCCGUUCUCAGGAAAUCUCGUCUCGGAGUAUCAUUCGUGAACCUCAAAAACGGAGCACUUUUGGCACCGCACUGGAAUCCCCAGGCCAUGGUCGUCGGCGUCGUAACGAAUGGCACUGGAAGAAUCCAGAUCGCGCACCCGAAUGGCACCAAUGCUCUAAACAGGAGGCUGGAGGAGGGAACCAUCUUCGUGGUGCCUCGAUACUUUCCAAACUGCGAGCUUUCUUCCAGAGAUGCCCCUCUCAAGUUCCUCGGAUUCACAGUCUCGGACGAGUAUCACGGGCACGGCCAGCUACCGCAGUUUCUUAUAGGUAGGAGCUCGGUUCUUGACAAGCUUGACAUGGAGACUCUAGCGCUGUCGUUCAACAUGCCCGAGGAACUCGUAGCGAGCGUUCUCGGCGCCCAGCAAGACGAGAAUAUAUUUUCCUUGCUUGAAAGCGAGAGCGAUAUGUAAGUAGCAUUGUCAUAUAUAAUA